AUGAACACAAUAGAUUCAUGUUGGCGAGGCAAAACGAAUUGGGCUUCUAAUCGCCAAUCCUUGGCGGAUUGUGCAAUUGGCUUUGGCAAAGAUGCCAUAGGAGGAAAGUUUGGUGAUGUAUAUGAAGUCACCGAUCCUUCUGAUGACCCUGUAGACCCAAAACCUGGCACACUUCGUUAUGGUGCAAUCCAAACAGAACCCCUUUGGAUAACUUUCGCCAAGGACAUGGUUAUCUCGCUGAAGAAUGAGCUCAUGGUGAAUAGCUACAAAAGCAUUGACGGGAGAGGAGCCAAAGUGGAGAUUGCAAACGGGGCUUGCAUUACUAUACAAGGUGUUAGCCAUGUAAUCAUACAUGGAAUCAGCAUUCAUGAUUGUAAGCCUGGUGAUGGUGGCAUGGUUAGGAGCACUCCUGAGCAUGUUGGGUAUCGUGAAGGCUCUGAUGGAGAUGCCAUCAGCAUAUUUGCCUCCUCCAAUGUGUGGAUUGACCAUUGCUUUUUGGCUCGUUGCACCGAUGGUCUCAUUGAUGUUAUUCAUGCCUCAACUGCAGUCACCAUCUCUAACAAUUACUUCACCCACCACGACAAAGUGAUGCUGCUAGGGCACAGCGAUGAAUACAGCGCGGAUAAAGUAAUGAAAGUAACAGUAGCUUUUAACCACUUUGGCAGUGACUUAAUAGAAAGAAUGCCAAGGGUGAGAUUUGGUUAUGCCCAUGUGGUGAACAACCGGUAUGACGAGUGGCAGAUGUAUGCCAUUGGUGGCAGUGCCGACCCUACCAUUUUCAGUGAAGGCAACUAUUUUAAGGCUUCAGAUGAUUCUGCUGCAAAACAGGUAACUAAAAAAGUUACGAAGAGGGAAAGUAGUGAAAAGUGGAAUAAUUGGAAAUGGAGGAGUUAUGGAGAUGAAUUCUUAAAUGGUGCUUAUUUUGUGCCAUCUGGGUAUGGAAGUUGCAGCCCAUUGUAUUCAUCUGCUCAAACUUUCACAGCCACCCAGGCAUCCAUGGUGCCCUUCUUAACUCUCAAUGCAGGGCCACUCAACUGUGUUCUUCACAAACCUUGUUAAUUACCUCUUUUCUUUAUUUAUUUUCAUCAU